ACGUCACCGGUGCUUCCGGUGUUAUGGCCGCUUGCAGCAGCGGGGACAGUAAUGUUGAUUGAGAGGAGGUGACCAUGUGUGUUUAAGCAGGUGUUGUUAGGAUGGCGUUAACGAGGUUGUUUUUGCUCGUUAUCUGUCGGUCGGCAGCUCGCGCGUCAGUCCGGAGGUACAGCCAGGUGUCCCCAGCUUUAUCUGAGCGGCUGCGGAUCUUUGAGUCACUCAAGGAAAGACGAGGCCAUAACAAGAGACAUGAAGCUGCAGAAAGGCCCCUCAGUAUCCAACUGGCUGAUGGCCGGACAAUAAAAGGAACAGCUGGUGUCACGACGCCCCUGGUUGUGGCCAAGAGUGCGCGGGUGAAAGGCGCACUAGUGAGCAAGGUGAAUGGAGAGCUGUGGGGGCUCAGUCGACCCCUAGAGGCAGAUUGUGAACUGCAACUACUGGGCUUUGAUACAGUUGAGGGAAAACAGGCAGCAUGGAGGACAGGAGCGUGUGUCCUGAGUAGUGUCUUGGAGGGGACAUUUGGCGCAGAGGCGUGCAGAGAAGGAGCAACACAGUUCGGCCUUUUCAGUGACCAUCUGCCGGACAGCAGCCCCUUGUCUAUGAGCGAUGUGGAGGCCAGGUGUAAGGAGGUGGCAGCCCUCAAACUUCCUUUGUCCGGACUAGAGCUGAAUACAGAAGAGGUCCGAGAGCUGUUCCAGAACAGUAAGCUGAGGCUGCAGCUAGUUGAAGAGCAGAUGAAGGAGGCCACUGUCGCAGCAUACAGGUGUGGAGACAGUAUAGCGGUCUGCAGCGGACCCCUCCUUCCACACACAGGCUUCCUCAAAGUCUUCAAGAUGCUCCAGCUUACCCCCCUGACGCUGGCCAAUCAAACGGAGUCCACCGGUUUGAAACGUCUGCUAGGUGUUGCUUUUCCGGGAGAGAAGGACAAAGAGGAGUGGGAGCAAAUGCUGGAGGAGGCGAGGAGUAGGGACCACAGGCGGAUUGGGGUGGAGCAGGAGCUGUUCUUCUUCAAUGAAGUCAGUCCAGGCAGUUGCUUCUUCUUGCCGAAAGGAGCCCACAUCUACAACACACUCACUGACUUCAUUAAGAGCGAAUACCGAAGACGAGGCUUCCAGGAGGUCGUGACCCCGACCUUGUACAAAACGGAGUUGUGGGAGCGCUCGGGCCACUGGGAGCACUACAGCGAGAACAUGUUCACCGUGAACUCCGAGGGCUCUCAGACCUACGCUCUCAAACCCAUGAACUGUCCUGCGCACUGUCUCAUGUUUGAGCACCGUAAUCGCUCAUGGAAGGAGCUCCCUGUGCGAUGGGCUGACUUCGGGGCGCUGCAUCGCGAUGAGUACUCAGGGUCUCUGGGAGGUCUCACUCGCGUUCGCCGGUUCUGUCAGGACGACGCGCACAUCUUCUGCACACCCGAGCAGCUGGAAGCGGAGAUUUUGUCUUGUUUGGACUUUGUGAAGACCGUCUAUCAAGUGUUUGGGUUUUCCUUCCACUGCCUGCUGUCUACGCGUCCUACGCCGUGCCUCGGGGAGCCCGAGCAGUGGGACCACGCCGAGCAGCAGUUGGAGAGGAGUCUGCAGCAGUUUGGUGAACGGUGGGAGCUGAACCCAGGGGACGGAGCCUUUUACGGACCAAAGAUUGACAUCCAGAUCAAAGAUGCAAUUGGCAGGCAGCACCAGUGCGCUACACUCCAGCUGGACUUCCAGCUGCCAAUCAGGUUUGACCUUCAAUAUGUCGGACAAGACGGAGAGUUUCACAGGCCGGUGAUGAUCCACAGAGCUGUGCUGGGAUCACUGGAGAGAAUGAUCGCUAUACUGGCUGAAAACUUUGGAGGGAAAUGGCCGUUUUGGUUGUCUCCAGCUCAGAUCAUGGUCGUUCCUGUUGGGGGCAGCAGUGAGUCAUACAGCCGAGAGGUGGUCCAGCAGUUCCAUGAAGCCGGCUUCAUAACUGACUUGAGUGCAGAUAUGGGAGAAACUUUGAAUAAGAGGAUUCGCUCUGCUCAGGUGGCCCAGUACAACUACAUAUUUGUGGUGGGGGAUAAGGAGCGUGAUACUGGGUCUGUGAAUGUGAGGACCAGAGCGGGUAAACAGCUGGGAAAAAUGUCGACAGAAGAGGCGCUGGCGGCCCUCAGACGACUACAAGAGACCAGGAGCAACCAAGACGGGUUUUGAUGAGGAAGUCCUGGAAAUAAGGAGUAACUGAAGUAAUAAAUACAGUUGUUUUACACGUUGUUAAACACUUGUCUUUGUCUAAAGAUUUGGCUGGUAAAAAUGAUAAUAAACGUAAGAAAUUUA